UGGUUUUAUUAGAAGGUCGAUGUCAACGUCAAACCUGUUUAUUUACAAUUUUGUGUAUUUGUCACGUAUUUCGUAUUUGUCAGAAAUAAAAGUGAAGACCUUAAAUGGAAUAUGGGCUGACUAAUAAUUAACAAUAGUAGAAUUUAUGUUUGAUAUAAUUUAAAUUAAAUUCAAUGCGUUUUGAUUUAUGUUUUCAAUGAAAUGACUCAUAAUUUAUAGGUGUUUUAAAUUACUGUUUUUUACAUAAAAAAGUUGAUUGAAAAUAAAGACAAUGACUUCAAGAGAAAAAGAAUUUGGUAUUUUCAUUUGCAACGAUUUAUUGAAAGAGCUGUCUAAAGGACAGCAGCAAAGAACUGUGCUUCUUGGACAAGUGGUAAUAAUUGAUGCCAAGUUUAAAGAUAACACUUUAGCUAUAAGGUUCCUUAAAGAAGUAGAUACAUGGGAAACGGUUUCUUAUUCAUGUUCAGAAGAUAAUAUUGUACGUAUAAGUGAAAAAUUAUGUCAGUUUAUAGCAUCAAUAGCUUCGCCACAAGAGAGGGUGAAAUUGGCCAAAAAUAAAUUACUUUGUGAGAAGCUGAAACAUCUGGGAUUAGAUAUGACUGUUGGUUUUACAGACACAAAUGAUGUUUUACUUGGAAAAAUUAAAUAUAUAGGAUUGGUUAAAGGAAUUGGAUACUGUUAUGGAAUUGAAUUACAUGAGAAGCGAAAAGACAAUUUGUGCUACGGUUUCUGUGCAGCAAUUCAAUAUUUUAAAUGCGAACCUGGGUACGGAGUUUUUACAACAAUCGAGAGAGUUAUUCCAAUGAGUUACAGUUCAAUUUGUAACGGUUCCAUUCCAAAAUCUCAACCUUCAGAUCUGGAUAUUUAUUCAGAAAAGAACAUGCAGAGCAUGAUGAAUAAUAUGAAUGAAGAAAAACCUAAGUACGAAGAAAUCGUAACGAAAUACGGUGAAUAUCCAACGAAAAAAUUUUCUACUAACAAGAGUACAGGAAAUACAUAUUUGCGAAAUUCCUUGUCUUUGCAAAAUAUGUUAGAUUUGAAUAACGCAACUAUCAAUACCAACAAUGAUUUUGACCAGAAUAGUGUAAUUCAACCAGAAAAAACUAUUUUAAUGAAAAAACCCAAAAGUAACGUUGAAUCAGAUCUCAUUGAUGUCAUUGGUGGAAAAUGGUCGGGAAGCACAGAUAGAAAACAAUUGGAAGAUUUUUCCAAGUCAAUGAAAAGACUGGACAAAAACGAUAAUAUCAAAGAAAAGCAUACUGUAAUAGAAAAUAAUACGUUAAGUAGACGAAACAAAAGUGUGAAUCUCCUCCAUCAUAUCAUCGAUGGUAGUGGUACUCUGAAAAAGAAUUCAAAGUUUUAUACAAAUAAUGUUUUAGAUGACAAAGAAGAGCAUAAAACAACUACGUUGAAAAUUAAAAAAAUUAAUGAAAAAAGUGAACCGGCCAAGCCAACAUCUACUUUCUAUAUAAACGAAACUCCAACAUACCAUGACGCCCCGACUGGCUCAACAAAUGACUUAGUGAUUGGGUCCUUAGUGGAAGUCUUAAACGAUGUUAGUGAAGAACCCAUGUAUGGUGUUGUUAGGUGGAUGGGUGUAGAGAGUGGCACUAAUUUCGUGUUAGUCGGAGUCGAAUUAGAAGAGGAGCAAUCUCAUUUACCUUUAAUUUUAACUGAUGGUACACAUAAAGGGGAGAGAUUAUUUCAAUGCGCUGAAAAUAGGGCGAUGUUUGUGCCGAUAGAUCAGUGUCAUAAGGAUUCUAGAUUUCAAGAUGCUCCACCUACGAAGGUUCAUGAAGCUGCGUCUGCUGUGGAACACAAUAUGGAUUGUCCUGUGAUACCUGGAGCGGUAUCGCCUUUGUGCAUGCCCACAGAGGAAGACGUAGAAGCAGUUUGCGGGAAGUAUAGAGGAAUACAAGGUCAUCAUAAUUCUUGCUAUUUAGAUGUGACGCUGUUUUCAAUGUUUACAUACACUUCAGUGUUUGAUAGUAUACUAUUUAGGCCUAAGGACUUUAACGAUAUAGAUGAUUAUGAAGAGGUACAAAGGGUGUUGAGAGAAGAAAUAGUAAACCCACUCAGGAAGAAUCUUUUCGUGAGCGCAGACCACGUUAUGAAAUUGCGUCGACUCUUAGACAGAUUAAGUAAUAUUUCGGGGCUAACCAGCGAAGAAAAAGAUCCUGAAGAGUUCUUGAAUUCACUGUUGGCUCAAAUUUUGCGAGCCGAACCUUUCUUGAAAUUGAGCUCUGGUCAAGAAACGUUUCAUUAUCAGUUAUUUGUGGAAAAAAAUGCGGACCUAACUUUGCCUAGUGUUCAGCAUUUAUUUGAACAAAGUUUUUUAACGAGUAAUAUUAAAUUGAAAGAAGUGCCAUCAUGUCUGAUUAUACAGAUGCCAAGGUUCGGGAAAAAUUACAAGAUGUAUCCAAGAAUACUACCUUCACAGCUGUUGGACGUUACUGAUGUAAUAGAAGGAUCUCCUAGGCAAUGCAUAGUCUGUGGUAAACUCGCGCGAUACGAAUGUCGAGAAUGCUUCGAUGAUUGCAGCAACGGUGGUCUGGAAAAUACAGCUUUUUGCUUGGAAUGCUUGAAAACCGCUCACCGACAUGAUAAAAGGAAACAUCAUAAGCCUAGCAAACUCGAUAUUGUAAACGAAUUUUUCACGAUGCAAGACGUUUACAGACCUCCCAGAUUAUUUAUGGAAUUAUUUGCUGUGAUUUGUAUAGAAACAUCACAUUAUGUUGCAUUUGUAAAAUGCGGCGUGGGACAUGAAGCACCUUGGUGCUUUUUUGAUUCAAUGGCUGAUAGGUUAGGUGAACGAAAUGGUUUUAAUAUACCGGAAAUGGUCGCGUGUCCUGACAUCUCCAGAUGGUUAUCAGAUGAUACAAUUUGCAAGCAACUCCAUGAAGAAUUCCCUGUUGACCGACAUUUGCCUGAACAUGCUCGACGAUUGCUGUGCGAUGCUUACAUAUGCAUGUACCAAAGCCCCGAUGUGAUGAUGUACAGAUAAAGAGGUAUUCAAAAAUUACCCUUCCUCUUCAUUUAAUUUUUCUGUAAUCUUUAUAUUUAUUUUUACAAACCCUAUUUUAAAUUGAGGAUAAUGUAUUUUUGAUAAAAUAAGCAGAGAUAAAUCAUAAUUGUCAUAUCCAUAUUAAAGCCUUAAAAGAUAAAAAAAGAACUAUUGUAGAGUAUAAAUUACAUACUUAUAUUUAUUCAUGUAUUAAAAGUUACGAAAUGAUAAAAUUUAAUACAAUAAAUUAAAUAAAUCGUUUCAAGUUUCAAAAUAAUUUACUCAGAUAUAAAGGUGUUAUAAUUAUGCCCUUACCAACCAAAAAUCUUUUUUCCUAUCAUUGAACGACAUGAUUUUAUUUCUUUAUACAAGUGAAUUAAAAAGAUAUUUUUUUGUCAGUACCCAAAUACAUAGUGUUAUCUAUUUAUGACUCAGUUUUUUAUUUAAAAAAAUGUAUCGAAACAAAUUAAUGACUUCUUAUUUCUAUAAUUUCUUUUAAUUUUGAUUUUUAAUACGUUGUUAAGAGGAGAUAAAAGAUCCAAAAUGUUUCCAAAGAACUCGAUCAUGUGCACACUGUUUGAUUCCUCCCAAUACCAAGUCUUCCGUUAUUUUUUUU